GGUGUCCGCCUCUGAUGGAUAUCACCUUGCAUAUGCUGAAUGGCUACCUGCUGGCUUCAAAAGCCUACUUGAGCGCCCACCUCAAAGAAACGGCCGAUCAGGAUGUGAAACCUUUGCAAAACAACGUAACGGGUCUGGAAGGCCCCGAAGUGACGCGGGAAGAACUGAAAAACGCCCUGCUAGCAGCCCAGGAUAGUGCCGCGGUGCAGAUCCUUCUGGAGAUUUGCUUGCCUUUGGAAGAAGAAAGCCCUCCAGGCAGGAGGUCUACCAGACUGCUAAAGAACCACCCGGGAAGUGCCGCACGCAGUCCUCCAAACAAGCCGGUCAAAGAGGAAGAGGAGGAGGAAAAGGAAGGAGGAGACGGGGAGGAAGUAGGAGACAGCCUCCUCUGCAACUUGAGAGAAGUCCAGUGCCUGGUUUGCUGUCUGGUGCACCAGAUGUUCAUCGCCGACCCCAACAUCGCUAAGCUGGUUCACUUCCAG